AUGGUUAGUUCGGUGCUAGACGACAUAUCGCAUCGGAGAUACAAUCCACUUACCGACUCGUAUGUUCUCGUCUCCCCACAUCGAACGAAAAGACCAUGGCAGGGUCAAGAAGAAGCACCAACCAAGUCUACGCUUCCGGAGUACGAUGAAAACUGUUACUUGUGUCCUGGAAACAAACGAGCGCAAGGCGACCGAAAUCCGCAGUACGAUAAGGUCUUUGUCUUUGUUAACGACUAUAGCGCUGUUAAGGAGAGCCAGACAGACUAUGGGACGGACGAUAAAGUAGCAUCCCUAUCAACACGGUUUCUCCAAGCCCAGCCAGUCAAGGGCAGAUGCUAUGUCUUGACAUUCUCUGCCAAACACAAUCUCACACUUGCAGACCUCGUGCCGCAGGAGAUUGUCCCUAUCAUAGAGGUUUGGACGGAUAUAUACGCACUUCAUCUGUCACCAAAAUCAUGUCUGUACAAAUCGGAAGCAAUUGCGGGGAUUUCAACCGACUCACCAGCAAGGCAAAUAUCUAGUCCAAAGGAUCAAUACAGAUAUAUGCAAAUAUUCGAAAAUAAGGGAGCAACAAUGGGGUGUUCCAAUCCUCAUCCGCAUGGUCAAAUAUGGACAACUAGUUCCCUGCCCGAAGAACCGUCAAAGGAGCUCUCGCAGAUGUUGAAAUACUGCAAGGAGCACAAUGGUAGCCAUAUGCUCGAGGACUAUGCCUUGCUCGAGAUGGAAAAGAAGGAGCGAAUAGUGUUUGAAAAUAACACUUUCCUAGUCCUCUGUCCAUGGUGGGCCGUAUGGCCCUUUGAGACGAUGGUCAUAAGCAAACGUCAUAAAAGGGCAUUGAUAGACUUGAACCAAGGAGAAAAAGAGCAUCUAGCGGAGGCAAUUGCUGAAUUAACCCGUCGAUAUGAUAAUCUCUUCCAAACCCAUUUCCCGUAUAGUAUGGGUAUUCACCAGGCCCCGCUGGACGGCACAGAGGAGGAGAUUGCCUGCUCAUACCUUCACCUUCACUUUUACCCACCGUUACUGAGGAGCGCUACCGUUAAGAAGUUCUUAGUAGGGUCAGCAUGCCGGAUUCUCUGCUUGCCUGUUCCCAGCCAGGAAGGAGUUAAAGGUUAA